CACAGUGCUUUACGGGAACACGCGACUUCAGCCAAGAACAGUUAAAAAGAACAUCAUUAAUUUUCCACUAAUCGUGGCAUCAGCAAAUAUUGUGCUUGGAAAGAAAAAAAUUCUCAAACGAAUAUGGAAAAGUCCGGAAAAUUUUAUAAAAUUAUACAAUUUCUAGCAAAAGAUAAGAAAGAUCGAAGUGUGGAUAUUGUACCGUGUGACUGGAUCAUGUAUGAUAAUACAAGUGGCAAAUUAAAGACAAUUUUUAUGCCACCGCCAUACACAACUGAAACAGUAGAGUUGUUAUACUCUCUUGUUAAAAGUAGGGCAGAACCAUCCAAAUCGUGGCCAUCCUAUGAAAUAAAAAUUUUAGGUGAUGCCAAAACUUACGAAUCGGCCACGAUUAAAUUAAAAGAAUUAGGAACAAAAGAAUAUGCGUAUUCUACUGAAAGUGAUCACGGUAAAGCAAGAUCACUUUCUGACACAAAGAAAUAUAAACUCAAAGCUUUUAAAACUGACUGUGACAUAGAAAAGGAGUUAUUAAACGUUCCACUUUUAAAUGAUAGUGAUGAUAGUCUUGUCAGCGAAUGCAGCAGAAAGAGCGAAUGUAAGUAUUUAGUAAUUUAUUAAUUAUUGAUUAGUUGUAUAUAUACAUGUAUAUGUGUGUGUAUAGGGUAAGUGUC